AUGGUGGGCUCCAACGGCUCCAACUGCUCCUACGACGACUCCUUCAAGUACACGCUGUACGGCUGCAUGUUCAGCCUGGUGUUCGUCCUGGGCCUGAUCGCCAACUGCGUGGCCGUGUACAUCUUCGUCUGGACGCUGAAGGUGCGCAACGAGACCACCACCUACAUGGUCAACCUGGCCAUCUCGGACCUGCUGUUCGUCUUCACGCUGCCCUUCCGCAUCUUCUACUUCGCCACGCGGAACUGGCCCUUCGGGGACGUGCUGUGCAAGAUCUCCGUGACGCUGUUCCACACCAACAUGUACGGGAGCAUCCUGUUCCUGACGUGCAUCAGCGUGGACCGGUUCCUGGCCAUCCUGUACCCGUUCCGCUCCAAGACGGUGCGGACCAAGCGCAACGCCCAGGCCGUCUGCCUGGCCGUCUGGCUGACGGUCAUCGGCGGCAGCGCCCCGGCCGGCUUCUUUCGCUCCCUCAACUCGCGGGGCAACAACGCCACGGAGGCCUGCUUCGAAAACUUCCCCGAGGCCACCUGGAGGACCUACCUCUCCCGCAUCGUCAUCUUCAUCGAAAUCGUCGGCUUCUUCAUCCCGCUCGUCCUCAACGUCACCUGCUCCACCCUGGUCCUGCGGACGCUCAACAAGCCGCUCACGCUCAGCCGCAGCAAGUGCAACAAGGCCAAAGUCCUCAGGAUGAUCUUCGUCCACCUGCUCAUCUUCUGCUUCUGCUUCGUGCCUUACAACGUCAACCUCAUCUUCUACUCGCUCAUGCGAACCCAGGCGUUCCUCAACUGCUCGGCGGUCGCCGCCGUCAGGACCAUGUACCCCAUCACGCUCUGCAUCGCCGUGACGAACUGUUGCUUCGACCCCAUCAUUUACUACUUCACCUCCGAAACGAUUCAAAACUCAAUCAAGCUGAAAAACUGGUCCGCUCGGAAGAGCGAUUCCAGGUGCUCCGAAAUUCAAGGAACGGAGAACCUGAUUCAACACAGCAUGCAGACCUUAAAAACCAAAAUAGCCGACAACGAAUCGACCAUUUAAACCGCCGGACGGACGGACGGACGACUGGGACUCCCCUGGAAAACCACCUACCGAAGAAGGUCCCUCAACUGUGAAAGUCUCUUUGUCUACAAAUUGCUGUUCCUCGCCUCAAAAAGACAGUAAAAGUGGGGACGAAAUUUGAAUGGUCUCAAGUGUUUAUAUAUAUAUAUAUAUGAGGAAAAGCUACAGGAAAUGUUUCUGAGUAUUAAAAACAUGAAAAUCCGCC